AUGGCAGGACUAGACGAAGAUGCUAUAGACGAGGUCUUGUACCUGGCGCGAGCGAACGAAGCAGCCGAGCUCGAUUCGUAUGUCUCCGAACUGUCCACGCAGACGAAGCGAUCAAAGGCCGAACUAUUCACUGCGGCUAUCGACCCAUAUUCGAAGAAUAGCGCACUACACUAUGCUGCUGCUAAUGGUCACAACGACAUCAUCAAGCUGCUUUUCUCGACCGGCGCCGAGAAGCCUGAAUCAGCAUUCCUGAACGCGGUCAACGAGGCAGGCAACACCCCCCUCCACUGGGCUGCGUUGAACGGCCAUCUCGAAAGCGUAAAACUUCUCAUACAAGCCGGUGCUGAUGUCACGAUUAUCAACCGAGCCGGCCACGAUGCGGUCUAUGAGGCGGAGAUCAACGAUAAGAACGAAGUAGUGGAUUGGUUGCUUGGAGCUGUGGAAGAACUGGAGAAGGGUAUUGGACAGACUGGCGAAGCGGAAGCGGAAGCUGGAGAGAACGCGGAUGAGAACAUGGAUGAUGCAGACGCAGAUGCAUACGCAGACGCAGACGCAGACGCAGAGCAUGCCCAAGGCAACAAUGCAUCGGCGCAAGGGACCGCAACUGGAUCGACGGUAGAAGACGUCCGGAAGCAGAUGGGGGACCUAAGUGCCCAGGAUACCGCGUCAAAGGGUGGCUGA